AUGGCUCCUCCGUCAAUAUUGAUUCCUCCUCGAAGCCCUUCAGGGUACACUCUCACAACAAGCCCUCGGCCGGUCAGAUGGGCGACAUCGACUUUGAAAGUCGGUGGCAUGACAUGUGGCGCCUGUACUUCUGCGGUCGAGUCUGGCUUUGCGAACAUUGACGGUGUCGGAAGUGUCAGUGUUAGCUUGGUCAUGGAGCGAGCGGUGGUCAUGCAUGAUCCCGACCGGUUCACUGCCGAGCAAAUCCAGGAGACCAUCGAAGACCGCGGAUUCGACGCCGAGGUGCUCUCGACCGAUAUUGCUCCCUCCGCGCAGAGGACUCCGGGCCACGGGAUCCUGUUCGACAUGGAUGGCAAUCAGGCGCCGAUUUCUACGACAACCGUUGCGAUCGAGGGGAUGACUUGCGGCGCAUGCACAUCCGCCGUCGAGGGAGGCUUUACUGGCGUGCCUGGCGUCAAGAGCUUCAACGUCUCUCUGCUUUCGGAAAGAGCCGUCAUUGAGCACGAUGCAGCGGUGAUCUCGGUCGACGCCAUUCUCGAGACUAUCGAAGAUCGCGGCUUCGGCGCAACUCUCGUCGAUACUCAGAUCACCGAGUCGCCGGAGAGUCAUCCUGCUGGCCUGGAAGCCGCACCCUCGUCUUCUGUCACAACCACUGUCGCGAUCGAAGGCAUGACCUGUGGUGCUUGCACGUCGGCAGUUGAAGGUGGCUUCGUGAACGUGGAUGGUCUCAUUCGUUUCAACAUUAGUCUGCUUGCUGAGCGGGCUGUGAUCACGCACGAUGCUGAUAAGCUGUCAGCUGAGAAGAUCGUCGAAAUCAUCGAGGACCGGGGUUUCGACGCCGAAAUCAUAUCCUCUGUUGCCGACCUAGCCGAGUCGUCAGCUGCGACUUCCUCCACUGCACAGCUCAAAAUCUAUGGCGAAGUCAAUGCAACUAGCGCCAAGACGCUCGAGGAUGCGCUGCGCGCGAUCGCAGGAGUCACCUCUGCCAGACUGACGCUGUCGACAUCCAGACUUACGAUAUCUCACCAGCCUGCCAAAGUUGGUCUUCGUGCCCUUGUCGAGGCCAUUGAGAAGCUCGGCUUUAAUGCACUGGUUUCUGAUAACGACGACAACAACGCACAGCUCGAAUCCUUGGCGAAGACGAAGGAGAUUCAGGAGUGGAAGCGUGCUUUCCAAGUGUCUGUGACUUUUGCGAUCCCCGUCUUUUUCAUCAACAUGAUUUUCCCCAUGAUGAUCAAGCCUCUCGACUUUGGUGGGGUUCAGCUCAUCCAAGGCCUGUUCCUUGGCGAUGUCAUCUGUCUCUGCCUGACCAUCCCGAUCCAAUUCGGUAUCGGCAAGCGGUUCUAUGUCUCAGCUUACAAGUCCAUCAAGCACAAAUCGCCAACGAUGGAUGUUCUCGUCGUACUGGGCACAUCAGCGGCCUUCUUCUUCAGCAUUUUCGCCAUGGCGGUUUCUUUCUUCUUUGAGCCACACAGCAGGCCGGCCACUAUCUUCGACACCAGCACGAUGCUGAUCACGUUCAUCACACUAGGUCGCUUCCUGGAGAAUCGUGCCAAAGGCCAAACUUCCAAGGCUCUUUCCCGGCUCAUGUCUUUGGCACCCUCAAUGGCUACCAUCUAUACCGAUGCGAUCGCCGCAGAGAAGGUCGCGGAAGGUUGGGAGACUCCUGGUCUGACAGGUGCUGUGAAGACCCCUGGUCCCGACGGCAUCACGGUGGAGGAGAAGGUCAUUCCUACUGAGCUCAUUCAAGUCGGCGAUAUUGUCAUCAUGAGACCUGGCGACAAAAUUCCUGCUGAUGGCAUCAUCGUGCGCGGGGAGACCUACGUCGACGAGAGCAUGGUUACGGGUGAGGCCAUCCCCGUCCAGAAGAAGAAGGGCAGCGAUGUCAUCGGCGGCACUGUCAACGGUCACGGCCGCUUUGACUUCCGUGUGAACCGAGCUGGAAGAGACACGCAACUCAGCCAGAUUGUGAAGCUUGUUCAGGAUGCCCAGACCACCCGAGCGCCGAUCCAACGACUCGCUGACAGAUUGGCCGGUAUCUUUGUGCCGACCAUUCUGUGCUUGGGUCUCGUCACUUUCCUUGUCUGGAUCGUGCUCAGCCAUGUUUUGGCCAACCCUCCAGCCAUCUUCACCAAGCAGGAGAGUGGCGGCAAGCUGAUGGUUUGUGUCAAGCUGUGUAUCUCUGUAAUCGUUUUUGCAUGCCCCUGCGCGCUGGGUCUGGCCACGCCAACCGCCGUUAUGGUUGGAACUGGUGUUGGCGCUGAGCAUGGAAUCCUCGUCAAGGGCGGUGCUGCUCUCGAACAGACCACCAAGAUUACGAAAGUCGUCCUCGACAAGACCGGAACGCUCACCUACGGCAAAAUGAGCGUUGCCACGGCAAGGCUGACUUCCGUUUGGCAGGAUAACGAAUGGCGGCGUCGGCUCUGGUGGACAGUUGUUGGUCUCGCUGAGAUGGGCAGCGAACAUCCUGUGGGCAAGGCCGUAUUGAAUUCUGCACGUGAGGAACUUGGCAUGGACCCUGAGGCCACAAUCGAGGGCAGCAUUGGCGACUUCCGCGCCAUCGUCGGCAAGGGCAUCACAGCGACAGUGCAGCCUCAGUCUAGUGCGGAGCGGACGAGAUACAAAGUUCUUAUUGGCAGUCUCCCAUUCCUGCGAGACAGCAAGAUCGAUGUGCCCUUGGACGCCGUUGAUGCCUCUGAGGAACUUAAUACCCGGAGCGCCAAGUCCAAAUCGAGCUCGAACGCCCCUGCCGGAACCACGAACAUCUUUAUCGCUAUCGACGGCGCAUAUGCUGGCCAUCUGUGUCUCGCAGACACUGUCAAAGAAGGCGCGGCUGCAGCUAUCGCUGUGCUCCACCGUAUGGGAGUGGAGACGGCGAUUAUCACUGGUGACCAGAGGUCGACAGCUCUCGCCGUGGCCAAGAUUGUCGGCAUCAGCCCGGAGGACGUGCACGCCGGUGUCUCGCCUGACCAAAAACAGGCACUCAUCCGGCAGUUCAAGGAAGAAGGUGCCUGCGUGGCCAUGGUGGGUGAUGGUAUCAACGACUCUCCGGCCUUGGCCACGGCCGACGUAGGCAUUGCCAUGGCGAGCGGCACGGAUGUGGCCAUGGAGGCGGCCGAUGUGGUCCUGAUGCGGCCCAACGACCUCAUGGACAUCCCUGCGGCGCUGGACUUAUCACGCACCAUUUUCACACGCAUCAAGCUCAACCUCGCGUGGGCCUGCAUGUACAACAUUGUUGGCCUGCCAUUCGCGAUGGGCUUGUUCCUCCCUCUCGGGUUGCAUCUUCACCCUAUGGCGGCAGGUGCCGCGAUGGCGACCAGCAGCGUAAGCGUUGUCGUCAGCUCGCUAAUGCUCAAGUUCUGGAAGCGCCCGGCGUGGAUGGAGGAAGCGCUGCUCGCGGGUGCCACAAGCGACGGCGUGGUGCGGAGACGCGGCCGCGGGUGGACGACGCUUGACUACGCCGUCACCCGCGCGCAGGAUCUCUGGGCGGCCCUUACAGGUGGCAAGAGGAGCAAGAAGAGCGACGGCUACGUCCCUCUCGACACGCUGGACCGCGUGGACGUAUAG